AUGCCCUCGGGACCAGGCACCAUCCCGAGCAAGACGUUCAGGGAGGCCGUCCUGCACUUGACCGGGUACCGGCACCAGGGCUUCUACGGAAAAUCCACGUUCACGUCCUCCCGCCGGUCGUCCAUGAACGAGAUCUUGCAGCGGGUGCAGAAGGUGGAGGACGUGGAGGCAGAGGUGACGCGGCAUCAGAUGCGGAGGAAUGGGGUGCAUUUGGUCACGGACCUCCGAGACCGGGAGAUCCGUGCCCGCGCUCCCUCUGCGCUCGCCCCGUCCUCACAGCCCUCGUCCUUGCCCGGCUUUCGUUCCUCCAUCUUCACAGGCACGGCCCGCUUUUUGGAAAAUGGCGCGAAUGACGCCCACGUCAAGCUGGCCGUCCUGUUGACGGACCCGGAACAGGAGCGGAAAGGGAUCUACAAGCACCGGGAGGCCUCCCUGCCCAAGACCUUGCUCACGGCCGAGAAAGUGAUGAUCGCGUGCGGCACCCGCCCAGUGCGACAGGAGGAGACGGUUUUUGACGGCAAGCGGGUCUUUGACUCCGAUCAGGAGCAGCAACAUCAACAGCAGCAGCAACCAGGGCAACAACAGCAUGAGUAG